CUCCCCUUCUUUACUUCCUCCUCUCCCCUUUCCUUCUCCAUAUUACCACUGUCAAAUCAUCCCAAUUCUGCCGGACCGAAUGUCCCCAUUCCUUUCCCGACUGCGUGCGCUCCUCAGAGGCCUGACCUCCUCCUCCCACAACACGCGACCCCUGACCCAAGUAGCCAUUAUCGGCCUACUCGGCGCGGGCCAACGAACGAUCCUCGAGCACCUCAGUGAGACCCCGAUUCGCCCUUUCAUCCUGCAAGGCCAGCAUCGCAUCGCGGAGGAGGGCAGCAGCCCUUCGCUCGGCCUCGCGCUGCGGAUGGUGGACGUGGGCGGCGACGCCCCGGGGCGCUGGCACGUGCUCACGGCCCAGUCCUAUGCGGACGUGGAUGCGCUGAUUGUCGCAGUCGACGUCGCGGACCCGAUUACCCUGGACGAGCUCCGGCAGGAGCUUGGGCGAGUGGUGCGCGGGCGACGCGUGCAGGGAUGGACAGAGCCUUUUCCUGUCGCGAAACAGGGAGUUCCGUGGCUGGUAAUGGUGAUGUUCCGGGGGGAGGUAGUGGAUGAAAAUAUCGCCCAAAAGCAGGUCGCUACUCUGCGCUUGGAUGAGCUGGGCGUCGACUGGGUCUUCCGCCCCGUCGCGGCGGGGAAUGGAAAAGAUAUCAAGCAAUCUGUUUCCUGGCUGACGAACAAACUUGAGGGAAAUACGAGGCAUGCUGAGAAGGAGAGGAUCUGACCACUGUGCGUGAUCUGAGUUGGCCAACUUGCCACCCUGGGGUAUACAAGGAGCUACUAAUCGAGGAAUGCGGGUUGAGGGAGAUGAGCCCUACGGUUCUGCGU